CCCGUGCACGCCGUCAAAGUCAUGUAGCUAGUGCGCUUUCCACGCAACACUUCUUAUCCUCCACCCUUUCCUAACUUUGCACCUCCCUACCCAUACGAUAUCGCACAUCGAGUGCCAUGGUACUCAAAUGGGCUUUCGCAAUGGCCAUGUGCCUUGCUACUCUUGUAGUCGGUAGAUUCAUCUCUUCUUCUACGUCGUCCGUCGAUGUCGCCCGGAGACUGAUCGGAGAGCUUGACAACUACAAUGCGUCCUUCGGUAUCGUCAGCGCACCCCAGUUCCCCGCGCCCGUACCUGAACUGGCUGGUCUCGACUUCGACCCUGCUAAGUACGCGAACGAGGAUAUGUGGAAGAGAUAUGUGGAGGCCAAGGGCAAUCAUCUUGUGUGUCUCAUGCAGGCAACGGAUAAGGGCGCCGGGUUUUUGAAGGAGGAUAAAAGAAGUCCGCCUUCUGCUGCAAGCCCGUGGUCUGGCGACCUUAGGAGCGAGCUAGCAACAUGGUUCUGGCAUGACGGUGAUUAUGAUAAGGGCUGGGAAUGUGACUGGGAGCGCAUCGGAUUGAAGAAGGCAUUUCACGCUCUUGGGCUAAACGCUAAGCCCGCCUUUGAUGAUGAUGGGGAUCCCGCCGACGGGCAUAAUGACUGCCUUUCGAUCACACACUACAAUGGAGAGGACUACGAGGACCCCGAAGCCGUAUGGCCUCAGAUGAAGGAUGUCAAAGAUCAGAAGUAUAAGGUCAACGGCAAGGAAUAUACAGCAACAGGUGCUUACUACCAGUUCGCUGUCAACAAGAUUGGGGGAGCCAUCAUUGGAAAGAAUCUGAAUAAUCCUGCAGCUUCAGUUUUGGAGGGUCACAACUGGGGCAGAAAAGCCGCACCAGGAGAGCUUCCAGAUCUACGCUUUUGUUCCGAUAUCUACUGGGGUCACUGGGCUCGUGACAACCCAAACGUCAAGAAUAUACGAGUUUAUGGGGCACAUCACGUUGUCAAUGACGCUACGGUGCUUCUAGUCGCUCGCGCCUUCAAGAACAAAGGGGUGCAGGCUCUGGCACCUUGGCCUGGAACAUCAUUCCCAGCGAAUACAGAUGAAGGCAAAGCACUCAUUGGUUCUCCAAUCGGUGCCAUUGUAGCCCACAUGCUCAUUCAACACAAGGCCGAGCUUGGCAUCAAGCAUAUCAGCAAGAUCACAGUCGUCACUAACGAGUCUAAAGAAAAUCCAAAGUUUGGCGAAAAGCCAAGAAGGGACCUUCAUCUUUUCUUUGAGAUCGAGGACGUUCCAGUCGAUGAAGUCACUAACGGUAGCAUAGAGGAGAAGCUAGAGCGGAAGUCUAGUCCGGCAAUCAGAGAAUAUAAGUACUUUCGGAGCAAGGUGCUUCGUGUGAGGAAUGAGGGUAAGGAAAUGCUCAGGGAGCACAUCAUGAGGAUCUAAGCGUGGGCAGAGAGUGCAUUAAAACUCAGGACUAUAUUUCGUUAAUGAGCUAUCUACCUACGGAAUUCUAAUAAUAAAAGUUCGAGGCUCUCAAAUCUGGACUGGCAAUCUAGGCCUACAGAAAGGC